AGGCAUCACUGGGGUUCUCUCUGCUCAGGGCACUUGGAACGGCGGCGACAGCAGCAGUCAUGACCCUGUGUGUCCCCUACAGAUCUUGCUUCCCGGGAGGCCUGUCCCAGGGGACGGUCCUGACGAUCCGGGGGACCCCAUCCUGCACCAAUGGCUGGUUCAGGCUGGACCUGCUGUGCGGAGACAACCCCAACGCCGACAUCGCCUUCCACUUCAACCCGCGGCUCGACGCCCAGCACACCGUGGCCAUGAACAGCCUGGUGAGGGGGCGGUGGCUGCAUGAGAUCCGGACCCCUUCCCUGCCCUUCCAGGGGGGCCAACCCUUCCACCUGAGCAUAAAAGUGGAGGAAAAUUGCUUCAAGGUCUUUGUAGACCACCGGGAGUUCUGCAGCUUUGCCCACCGGCUGGACGUGGAGGAGGUGAAGGCCCUGGAGGUGUCAGGGGCCGUGACUCUCCGCUCAGUGUGCACCUAGGGGCUCUCCCGGCAGACCGGAUCAGCAGCCGGGGAGGGGGGCGGCGACCUCCCGGAA